AUGCACCUGCAGCAAAGCUCCCUUCUGAACAUGACCGACGGCGGCUUCUCUCUAGCUGGGCACUUGGUCAGGAGCCCCGGCGGCGGGGGCCACCCCUCCAGGCUGCACAGCAUCGACGCCAUUUUGGGAUUUACCAAAGAAGACCCCCUCUUGGGCAGCUUCCAAGCCCAGGAUGCCGGCGGCGGUGCCAGGCCCGUGAAAGAGGCGGGGAAGAGGAGCCCCGGGCACUGCUUCCCCCACAUGCCGGCUGAGCAGCUCCAGGGGCAGGCCGCCCCGGAGCAGGAGGCACCCACCGCGGAGGAGCACUUCGGAGAUUCCUACUGCACCAAACGCUCCGAAGAGUGCUUGAGUCCAGAACUACCCUCUUGUAACAACAGCGACGGCAAACUGUCUGACGAAGACCAGCCCAAAAAGAAGCAUCGGAGGAACCGUACCACCUUCACCACCUACCAGCUGCAUGAACUGGAGCGAGCCUUUGAGAAAUCCCACUAUCCCGAUGUGUACAGCCGUGAGGAGCUGGCCAUGAAGGUCAACCUGCCCGAAGUGAGAGUUCAGGUUUGGUUUCAGAACCGGCGAGCCAAAUGGAGGAGGCAAGAGAAGCUGGAGGUGACUUCCAUGAAGUUGCAGGAUUCUCCCAUCCUCUCCUUUAACCGUUCUCCGCAGCCCUCCACCCUUGGGACCAUUGGCAGCAAUUUGCCCCUGGAGUCAUGGCUGAACCCCCCCAUGUCCAACAGCAGCCCUCUCCAGACUUUGCCUGGCUUUGUGGCUUCCCCACAGAGCCUGCCCAGCAGCUACACUCCUCCCCCUUUCCUGAACUCUCCCCCUAUGGGCCACACCUUGCCACCCCUGGGAGCCAUGGGGCCUCCACCACCCUACCAAUGUGGGACAAACUUUGUGGACAAAUUCCCAUUGGAGGAGGUGGACCCGCGAAACACCAGCAUAGCCGCAUUAAGGAUGAAAGCUAAGGAGCAUAUCCAGUCUAUUGGAAAACCAUGGCAGACAAUAUGAACAAGCAAGUCCCUUGCCAUGUGACUUAAAGGGCUGGCCUGCAUCACCUUUGGAAAGAGAUCUCAUCCCUUGAAACUAUGGUAGAUCUUCCAUUGGCCAGAACUGCUGAUG